CCGAACUUCAAAGUUUUCUUUUAUUAAAAUAUAUAAAACUCAACCGCUGGGAAAGAUCCGAUUUCAGUCCGGUUCGCGUUCGAAUGUUUAAGUUUACGUCUCCGUCGUGGUCGCGGUUCAGGUGAAAAAUCGGAGAAAGGGGGUUCUUUUUUCCAACUAAAAGGGUUCGAUCGCCGCUCAACCGUGUUCUUUCGUCGCAUUGAUCCAUUUAAAAUUCUUUGUGCGCGUGUUGGGAAUCGUUCCGUGGGCUAGUGUCCAUUCGUUCCGGGAAAGUGCUCUGAUUGGUGUGCGGGAAUUGAAUUUGAUUCGGGAAAACAAAACGGCAAACGCGAAGAAAAAAGUUGGUGACGUGAAAAAUUGAGCGUGUGCUGAUUCUGAAAGGAUAUCCUUUCGUGCGACAGUUCUGGGGCCGAGGAGCAAGAAGGAAAAAUAAAAUGAAGUUCAUGCGGACGUGCCUUCUGGCACUGGCCAUACUGGUGGUUAGCGCUGCCGGUGGUGGUGGUGGAGGUGAUGUGUCCUCUCAGCAAUCCUCCUCUGGACAGAAGCCACAGACAGUACUAAAGGUCACCGAUUCGUCGUCGGAUUCGGACGGGGCAACCGGGAAAGCGAUUAUCAACGUUUUGGACAAAGCGCAGAACAAACGGGGAGCACCGGUCAUUCCGGGUACCAUUGUCGGUACCCCACAGCAUGCGUACAUAAAUCAACCGGUGGCUGCGGUAACCGCAACUGGAACGGUAGCCGGUGCAGCUGUCGGACCGGUGGCCUACACAUCCUAUGGUCAUCCCCACUACCAGCAGCAGCAGCAGGCCGCCCAUCUGAGCGCCGGAGGACACCAACAUCUGGUCCAGCAGCACCAACAGCAACAGAGUGCAGCAGCUGUCGCAGCACCUCAGGCCGUGUUCCACAAAAUCAACUACGUUGCACCGAACUCCGCCCUCAAGGUGGCCACAUUUGCCAGCUCCGUCGCCGCCGCAGCCGCUCCAGCCCAUUACGAGUACGUUCCAGCUGUUGCACCCACACUGACUAAGUACAACUAUGCAGCGACCGCAGUUCCUCAGUAUCACUACGCGCACUAUCCGCAGACGAUCCAGACGAUCUACCAGCAUCAUCAUCCUCAACAGGCCCCGGCAGCCACGGCAACAAUCAUCACAAACGCAGCCGGCCACCAACUCCAGUAUGUGCACCAUCAUCCCCAGCAGCAUCAACAGGCGGCCACGAUCUACACGGCCCACCAGCCGGCUGCCGCUGUCCAUUACACGCUGACUCAACCGGCGACGCUGCAGCACCAUUAUCAGCCCCAAUCGGCGGUGGUGGGCCAACAGGCUGCCCAGGCUGGAACCAUCCACUACCACCACCACCCGCAGCAACAGCAGGCCCAGCAGACGACCUUCGUGGGGGUGCAGCCCUCGGUUCCGGUCGUCCAUCAGGCACCGAUAGCCGCCAUCAAUCAGGUGCACCAGGCCAAUCAGGUGAUUGCGACCCAGGCACAACUGGUCAAGUACCCGGUGCCGUCGGCUUCACCCAUCUACGCGACCAAUUCGGUGCAGAACCAUCUCUAUCAGCAACAUUCGGCCAAUUACGGCCCAUAUCCGGUUCCAGUGGCAGCCAAACAAUUCCUUUCAACCGUCGCUACUCCCACCGUUGCUACUCCCGCCCAUAUCAAGCAGCUGAUCCCGGUGACGACAGCGACCACCACCCAGCACCACGGCAAGGGCGUCAGUUAUUCCACCUUCACCCAGCAGGCAAACGCCGCCUCCCUUGGCCCCCAGCAGAACCAAUCCCCCUACUACAACACGGCCAUCGUCCAACCGCACCAGUACCAACAGCAACAGCCACAGAGUCAAAUCCACCAGCAACAGCAGCAACCAACCCGUUUCCAAGUGUACUCCACGGUGGCCACGCCGCUCCACAAGCCGGCAGUUCUGUACGCCGCCCACCAAUACGCCCAACCGUCCAUUCCGGCGGCCAUCUACGCCACCGCGGCCAGCCCUUUCCAACAGUUUCAACAUCAACCGCAGCAGUCACCAGCUGCGUUCCACUACGGCGGCAGUCAGUUGUUCCACCCACAACCUCCCCUUCAGCAGCAGCAGCUGCAACAACAGCAACAACCCUACGCCCAACUGGCCAAAAUCACCUACACCCCGGGAGCCGCUUCGCUGCAGAAAGGAUUCUAUCCCGUUCAGUAGGGAGCGCACCGGCCAUCGUCACCGCCAACGCAGUUCAUUCCGAUCCACCAGACUUUUUUCUAGCGGAUCGAAGUGUGACUGGGAAUUGGCUGCCAUCAACGUCGUUCGGUUUUAGUUUUAGGUUUCCUCCGUCCCUACAGCAGCGCGCUGUAGUCUUGCUGCAGUGACACACAUUCCACCGCAACCGUGCGAUACGGAGUCGUCUCCUCUCUCUCAUAACUUCCCAUCACAUCAGUAUCCUCCCAGUUUCCGGAUGGUGUGGGAUGCGCGUUUGUUGGUGUUCGUUAGAUAUUUAUUGGUUUUUAGAUAAGCUCCAAGCAUUAAGGUUUAGUCCUCUUCUGUGUAGGUCUAAAUUGAAAUGUGAAAUAGACAAUAGACAGAUCCGUUGAUUUUGAUUGACUGAUCG